AUCACCUGUUGAUAUAUCUAUAUGCAUACAUGUAGGAGCACUACACAAUCUGUAUGAUAUUCUUGUGGUCUAUGCUUUAAGAAGCUUAAUUUCCUACACUUACUCCAAAUUGCCAACAGUGGGGUCACCUCAACCUUUUCCCACUCUAUAAAUGGCCACUUCUCUUCAGGCUUCCAACCCCCUUCAAUCUAACAUCAUCAAAGUUAAUCUACAUCACCUUCUCCUCCUGAGAUUUAAUUUCAGAAGAUUUUCACCCAGAUUCAAGCCAUGCAGCCUAGUGACGUUACAGGACUCCAUUAUCUAUUUCCCUCAAACCCAUCCCCAUAUUCAGCUUAUUUAAGCAUGACUCAGAAUAACACACCCACAUUUCAAUUUAACAGAUUCACCAAUCCACAAAAUUUCCAGAUUCCUCCUCAGGUUCAGGAAUUCAGUCUACAAUCAUCUUGCCUGAGCAACAACUCAACUUCUGAUGAAGCAGAUGAGCAACAACUCUCCCUUAUCAAUGAGAGGAAACAAAGAAGGAUGAUAUCUAAUAGAGAGUCUGCUCGCCGGUCACGCAUGCGGAAGCAGAAACACCUAGAUGAACUCUGGUCACAGGUGGUUUGGCUCAGAAAUGAGAAUCACCAGCUCAUAGAUAAGUUGAACCAUGUCUCUGAGUGUCACGACCGGGUUCUUGAAGAAAAUGCUCAACUCAAAGAAGAAGCCUCUGAACUACGGCAAAUGCUCAGUGACAUGCAAUUGAAUAGCCCUUAUGCCACUUUCAGGGACCUGGAAGACAUUCCCUGAAAUACAGCUUAUCUCAAAGUCGAGUCCUCUAACCAGUCUAUCACAAGUUCUACAGAUCUGAUGGGCUAAGGUGGAGGCAACAAUUUUACUUUUAUUUUUAUCUUUUCCCUACUCUUGUUUCUGUUUGUGUGUCCUUGGCUCCUAGCCUGAGGUUCAGAUGUCUGAGAUUGAACUUGAGUGGAAUAACAUGUUUUGAGUCAAUUGUCAGA